UUACAAAGGCAACUUAAGAAGAAAUCAGUGGGUAACUAUAGAAACAAAUGAGCACAUUGUGAUCAUGAUGUAAAGUACUGGGGCAAGAACAGAAACAUUCCACAUUUUCGUCACACAUUUCUUUUUUUGUGAGAGGGUGACCUAAAAUCUCAGUCUUCAGUCAGAAAAACACAAAUAACAAAAACUAUUAAAGUCAAAUGAAUGAACAGUUACUUUAUGAACAAUGCCCAUCUGCCAGCAAAUAUCCACAGAACUUUCACUUCAGUUUUUGUAGCUCAGCUCUUAUGAAAAAUGUCCCAGUGUAAGUUACUCAAUCACAUGUUAUUUUGUGGGUCAGUCAUAAGCUUGAUUUUCCAGUUUGAUGAGUUGAGAUGCCAAACUGGGCUGGCAUUAAUUUAUGACAUUUACUGUUUACGCUUUAGUGCUCAUUCCAUCUCUAUGCCAAUAAAACAACACUGAAUGCAAAAUGCGGUAUGAUAUUGUGACACACCUGGUCUUGUUGCAUGUUUUGUUUGAAACAGUUCAUGGACAUUAUGCCUUCUUCCUAAUUCUCUGUCGUGUACAUGGUUCUCUAAAAAAUGUUGAGAUUAUCUACUCAUUUAAGUUUGACAAAACUGAAUUGCUGAGAUUCAACAGUACUGAAAAUAAAGUUGUUGCUUACACUGAAUAUGCGAUGAAAUGGGCGGAUGAUUUUAAUAAAAAACCUGAGUGGCUACAUAAGGAGGCAGAGAUAACUAAUGGCAAAUGCAAGUACUUUGGGCAGCAAUUCCUCCCUAUGGUAGAACAAACAGUGAAACCAGAAGUCAUCAUCCAGUCAGUAAGACAGGCCAGUGGUAAAAGUCCAGCCAUGUUGAUCUGCAGUGCCUAUGACUUCUACCCCAAACCCAUCAAACUGACGUGGAUGAGAGAUGAUAAAGAGAUGACAGCUGAUGUGACCUCCACUGAGGAGCUGGCUGAUGGAGACUGGUACUACCAGAUUCACUCCCACCUGGAAUACUUUCCCAAACCUGGAGAGAAGAUCUCCUGUGUGGUGGAGCACGCCAGCUCUCAUAGACCCAUGAUCUAUCACUGGGAUUCAUCUCUCUCAGAGUCUGACAGAAAUAAGAUGAUAACUGGUGCUGCAGGGGUGGUUUUGGGAGUGAUUAUAGCAGCAGGAGGACUUAUCUACUACAAAAGAAAACACACAGCACACAUCAUAUGAGCUGGAAGUCAAUACAUCAGAUGUUCUGCACCUCUGCCGACACUCAGUGGCAAUUAAGAGUGAACAAUGAGUAACAGACUAUGUAUCAGCUUAUGAAAGACAUGAACCUUCCCUAAGAUCUUCAGAGACACCAAACACAACCAGUUCAACUGCAAUGCCAGUGUACACAACUGUUUUAUUGAUUGAUCAAAGAGAGAGAAGUUCUCCUCUGUGGUUUGUUCUAUAAUUGCAUUUUUUUUUUUUUUUUUGUAAAGGUUAAUUCAAUUAAAUCCACGUUUCAUGUUGAUUCAUCAUCUGUCUACAAUCUAGAGUGUAUGACAUCUCAGUGAAGAUAAAUUGAUACAUUGCUUUAUGGAUAAUCUCAAUCGGAUAUUUAUAUCAUGGAUAAAAAGUACAGUGGCUCUAUUGUAAAUCUUUCACCACCAAUGACAGCUGGGGGAAAAAUCUGAAUUCUGUAAAUCAGGUUAACAUUUAAAUGCAGCUGCUAUCAAUUUUUAAGAUAAACUCUGAUAAUCAGGUGUUUUUAACUCUAAAUACAUAUUAUGAACGUACUAGUUGUAAUAUUUGUAACAAUGUUUUAACUGCAAGAUGACAACAAUGGUAAUGGUUUUUGGUUACAUUUGAACUUACAAACAUUACAAUAAUUGGACAUUAGGUAUAUGACGGGGAAUGCAUGAGGAAGUUUGGCAGAAUAAAUUCCUGAUCUCUGUAAUGCAUACAUUCCUCUUACGUAUUCUUUCCCCAGAAAAAAGGAAGUAAAAUAAAUAAAUAUAAA